ACAGCUUCUGUCAUCAAUAGACCUGAGCUCAAAGCUUCUUUAUUGUUUGCUCCAAGCAACACAUUGUCUGUUGAGUAAGUUAAGAUAAUUUCAAGCUUAAGAGUCAAUUCAGAAAGACUUCAUCUUSAAAAUACAGUCRUAGUGUUGUGAAGUGAAAAUGCAAGCACAUCUAGUUAGACAGAGAGUUCUUCCACACUCAAAUGCCACUGUUUUUUAUGUUUGUCAAGAUUUUAGAGUGAGGGAAGAUGGAGUACUGGCCAGCAAGCUCCAGGAAGAAGAAUUUCAAAAACACUACUUCAGGAAUAAAAGCGAAAGGAAGACAGUUCGAGGAGAUGUUCGAGUAGCCAAACAAACUUAUUUAGAGGAAGUAAAAACAGCUCAACUUCUUCCAGAACAUGAACUUGAAGAACUCUCAAUGGAAGAGACAGACAAAUGGCUGGCAAGAGAUCUUCAGGAAAAGCUGCAUGAUGAGGAAAGAAGAGAAAUAGAAAGACAAAAGAGAUUGGCAUUAAAAGAUGCAAAAGUUGCCAAGAGUUUCCAGGAACGUGAAAAGGAGAAGUUUGACAGAGAAUGGAGAAGAAAAAGAGAGGAGGAAACAUUAGGGAGAGAACAGCAAGAACAAGAACAAAGAAGAAUAGAAGAAGAGGAAAUUGAUGAACAGAGAGCUCGUGAAAUGAGAGAUGCAAGAAUGGCAAGAGAACUUCAAGAGCGAGAGCGCGAGGAGUACGAAAGAGAACGUGAAAGAUAUAGACGUGAAAGAGAAAGACACAGAUAUGAACGAGAGAAAAGAAGAGAAAGGGAAAUAGAAAGAAUGGAUGGAAAUGAAGUGGAUAGSCAAAAAGAACUGGAAAUGCGGGAUGCUAGAAUCGCAAGAGAUCUYCAAGAACGAGAAAAACAGAAGUUUGACAGAGAGUGGCAAAGACGCAGAGAACAAGAGAUGCUCGAAGAACAGGAAAGACGGCACUAUCAAAGAAGUGCAUCCGAUCCGAACGAUUCGAGAAGAGCAACAUCUAGGCCCCAAGCAGAAGCCAUCAAUGGCCACGCCGACCCAGUCAUCCAUCGACAGAAGCGGUCAGGUAGCGGAAGAGAUGAAAGAAGAGAAAAGAGAAAGAGCACUGGCAGUAAUAGUAGUGGUGGUAGCGUGGGAAAAGAAGAGAGAAGACCAAARGAAGAACGUAGACCACUUCGAGAAGAACCGUCGCCGAGAGCUGAACGAAGGUCACCAAGAGAUGAACGGAGGCCUACGAGAGGGGAACGAACUCAACCGAGAGAGGAACAAAGACCGCCGAGAGACGAACGAACGGCAUCGAGAGAAAUGCGAAGGCCUCCAAAAGAUGAACGAAGCCCGCCCAGAGAGGAACGAAGCUACGAACAUGGAGAAGGCGCUGUAGUUGCUCUUCCUCCAGCGGAAAACGGUGGACGAUUAGAACAUGAUCGAAUCAUCAUGGCUGAUGGGACAGCAAUUCAUUUGUUUGAUGACGAAGAAGAAAAACAGAAAGCYAUUGCAGAGGAAAAGCAGAAGGCGCUUGAACGGGAGAGAAGGAAAGCUCAUGAGAGAGAAAGGCAAAAGGCUCUCGAAAAGGAGAAGCAAAAAGCRCUUGAACUAGAAAAAGUCAAAAAAGACGAGGAAUAUGCAAGAAUGCUUCAAGAYCAGGAAAGAAGGAUCGUUGAAGCAGAAAGAACAGCCGCCGAAGAUAGACGACUAGCAAUGGAAGAACAGGAUCGGGAGUUGGCUAGACACUUGCAGCGUCAAGAAUACCAAAGAAUGCAGCAAGAAAAGAAAGAGAGACAGAUGAGGAGAGCCAACAGCCUACCCUCCGACAGACACUCAGUCAAUCUUGAGGACCCUCGACGACUGCCCUCGUACGAGGAAGCACUCCACCGACGCCAGCUGCCUGAUCUGCUACCAGGCAAUGAUCCCACAACAACUAGUUAUGCCCUUGUCUCYACUACUUCCUCAGAUGGUCGUGGCUCCUCGCUAGAACGAGAGACCAACAUCCAAGUAGAGAGAGARAAGUAUGCAGCUCAAGAACAUGACAGAUCACUAAGACAACACUUAAGAUCACGUGGUCCUGAAGGAUCAGAACAUCUGGUGACUGCAGUUGAUUAUAGUUUGUCUAUGAGAGAACCAGAGGGAUUCCUGAAGGAAGAAAGAGAAAGCAGACGUGRUAUUGAUACGGAAGAAAGAUGUAAACCAAUUGAACGAGAGUAUAAAAAUGAUGAAAUUGAAGGUAAACAGUCUCCCAAGGACCAGCGAUACACUAGAGAUGCCACAGAGAUCAGAAAUCCACCUAGUGAAGACAGACACCCAGCUAGUGAAGACAGACACCCACCUAGUGAAGACAGAUACCCAGCUAGUGAAGACAGACACUCAUCUAUGGAAGAAAGACACCCACCAAAAGAUGAUGACAACAGGCGGUCGUUCCCAAUCAUAACUGACUUUGAGAAUCCUGAGCAUGAAGAUAGCGACGAUGAAGGACAAACGAACCUCGACCAAGCAAUAUGGCAGACGAGGGAACCAGUUUCACAUUCUCCACAAACUUCUUUAGAAAGAAACAAAGACGACACUGAACACAAGUUGUCUGCGCGAUCAUCGUACGCAUCCUCAGGUGGAAAUUCUUUCGAUAGGCGAUCGGUUAAAAGCGGAACUCCGCCGACGCGCGAAGAUGUAUGGGAACGAUUUGAUGAUGAUGAAGAAUUCUACAAUGCUACUGGUCGGAUGAGUCGACAAAUGUUCCGAAGUCAAACUGUCGCGAGCGCUUACCCGACGAACCACGAAAGCGAACGCCAUAUGAUGUAUAACGUAGUCGAGGGCAUAGAUCCUACUUUCCGGCGACAACGAAAGRAUUCCGAAGAUGACCCGAAGGAAAACAGUACCGAAGAGAGGGCAAAAGUCAUUCAACUUAUUAAACCACAAAGACGCCGCAGUACCGAUAAAAAGAAGUCCAAGGAUAGAAAGAAAUAAGAAAACAUGACAAAAGCCUGAAAAAAGAAGAAAAGUGAAAUGAGAAGAAAAGCAAAAAAUYGAAAAGGAGUGAGAAAACACCAAAAACAAGAAGUUGAUGCAAAAAAAUCUAAAUUUGCGAUUGUAAAAAAUUGAAAUACAUUAUUGUAGAAUACUUGAAGUUGUUUAUCAAGUGGAAUUCAUGUCAAUAUUUCAAUCAUACCAUUCCAGACCUGAUACUGUCAAAAAUAAUUGMAAACUAUUCUAAUUCAAAAGAAAGUCAUGAGUAGCUUAGAUCAAUUUCAAAACUAAAAAUAAUAAAUCUACAAAAUAUUAGAUAUUUUAAUCUGUUUGGAUGAAGGUAGUAGAUUGCUCCUUUUUUAACCCAAAUGUACAUUUUAGGAUUUUCAAAUUAUGAUAUUAUUGACAAACAUCGUCAAGCAUAAUCAAAAACUAAUUUCUUAUUCAGCUUUCAAUGAUUCAUGARAAUUCAAAUUUCAAUCAGUUCAUCAGUUUUUUGAUUUUAGAUGCUGUUUGRAUAAAUAAAAUACCAUUUUGUGAGUUGUAAAAUUGCAAUUUCAACAUUCUUGAAGUAGAAUGUUUUUCUAGGCACRAGGUGAAAUGUUUUAGCUUUAAAAUGCUUGUAAAAAUAGUGCAAUUYAAUAAAUGCCAAAAAACUGAAUGUUAU